AUUAGGUAAAUUUGGACAUGAAUGGUCAUAUCAAAGGCAAGCCAAUGUUGGUCCAAAAUGGAAAUAAUACAAUUGUUUUCCCAACAAUUUGCUUCUACUUUGAAGAAGAAAAGAUGCAUCCUUAUGCUAUGUUUUACAAAGCAAAUACUUUGGAUUUUGUAUUCCCAGUCUUCAUGGCUAAAGUCAUCAUGGCUUUUUUAGUUUCAUGGUUCAUUUAUUUUCUUCUUAGGCCUUUGAGACAACCCAGAUUUGUCUGCAAUAUCUUGGCUGGCAUUAUCUUAGGACCCUCAGUCCUGGGUCGCAACCAGAUUUUCAUGGAGAAAUUUUUCCCACCAAAAGAGAUGUUAAUUUUCAACACAUUCUCAAAGCUUGGAACAGCAUACUUAAUCUUCAUCGUUGCUAUAAAAAUGGACACAGAUAUUCUACUCAAAUCAGCCAAGAAAACCUGGCCAAUUGGUUUAUGCAGCUAUAUUUUCCCAUUAAUUGUCACUUCAUUUCUUGGUUUUGCUAUGAAAACUGAACUAUUUUCAUGCAUAAAACACACAAGAGAAAUGAUUUUCUUAAGUGGAUCAUUAUCAGUUACUUAUUUCCCAGUUGUUGCUCAAUUCAUUCAAGAAUUAGGCCUCUUAACUACUGAUAUUGGUCAGCUUGCUCUGUCAGCUUCCAUGCUUAUUCAAAUGAUGAGCCAUGUUCUUACAGUUCUUGGAGUUAUCGUGACGAGGGACACGUGUUUGCGUUCGGUUUGUUACUUUCUGAUCGUAUGCGUAACUGUCCUUUUCGCAGUUUACGUUAUCCGACCGUUGAUUCUGCUGAUUAUAGAGAGAACGCCAAAAGGACAGCCAGUGAAACAAAACUAUGUUAUAGCUAUUCUUGUUGGUACUUUAGUUAUGGCAGUUGUAACUGAUCUGACUUGGUCUGAUUUUCUUUCGGGGGCUUUUAUUAUGGGGUUGAUUGUGCCGAAUGGACCGCCUUUAGGUUCGACUUUAGUUGAGAAAUCUGAACUAAUGGUUAUGGAAUUCUUUCUUCCUUUGUUCUUUGUUCAAGUUGGUUACUUAGUAGAAGUGUCUUCAUUACAGAACAUCAAUGCUGUGAUUGCUGUGUUACUUCUCGUUACGGUUUGUUGUUUGACCAAGAUCAUUGGAACUCUGUUUGCUUCUCUGUUUCUCAAUAUUAGAUUUCAUAAUGCUAUUUUGUUAGGCAUCAUUUUGAACUUCAAGGGUGUUGUAGACUUGACAUCUUUUGAACAAUCCCGAUUCAAAAACGUUUUGGAUGCGCAAUGUUAUACUACAUUGGUGCUAUUUUAUCUACUUCUCGUUGCGAUUUUCUACCCUUUGAUUGAAAUUUUGUAUAAGCCUCGGGUUCGAUAUGAAGAAAAUUGGUCAAGAUCACUCCAAUCAACUCGUCAGGGUUCAGAAUUACGAGUUCUGACAUGUAUAUACGAUGAAGAUAACGUUCAUGGCAUGAUAGCUUUACUCGAAACAUUCAGUCUUAAAGCAGCAAUUAGUCCUUUAUGUGCUUAUGUAGUGCAUGUUGUUGAUCUUAUUAGCCAAACUGCUCCGCUAUUACUUCCGUACAAGAGCAGAAAAACAAACCGUAGACAUAGACGAGGCUCAUCAUCGUCUCAUAUCAUGCGUGCUUUCGUAAAUUACUCGAAAAACAGGAGCACCGGCUAUGUCACGGUUCAACCAUUCACUAUAGUUGCACCAUUCAAGACUAUGCAUAAUAUAAUCUGUGAUCUUGCGGAGGAAAGACAGAUUCCUUUCAUUAUUGUUCCAUUUCAUAAAAAUCAGAAAGGCGUGCUGCAGGAUUUUAAUUCUGGUCUGCAACUUAAUUCGCUCUGCAGUGUUGGGAUUUUCGUCGACAGAGGAUUGAAACCUCGUACAAUGAACAAACCAGACACAUAUUCAUGUCGAAUUGCAGUACUUUUCGUUGGCGGUGCAGAUGAUCGUGAAGCGUUAGCACUCGCGAUCAGAAUGUCGGAAAAUCCUGAAGUGAACAUCACAACAUUAAGGAUCAAUUCCACAAAAGAUAAGGAUAUGAUCAAUUUUUCUCAAGAACUGUUGGAUGACUUGCUGGUCAAGGAAUUCAUGGAGAAAAAUCUUUAUAAUUCUAGGGUUGUUUGUCAUGAGGUACAAGUAAAUGAUAGUUUACAAAUGCUAAAUGUGAUUCAAUCUCUAAGGGAAAAUUACGAUCUUAUCCUUAUCGGGAAGAAAUCAGGGGCAAGACAUUUUGAGAGAGACAUGUUCGGAUGGGUAGAACAUCAGGAAUUAGGUGUUAUAGGUGAUAUGAUCACUUCGGCAGAUUAUUACGACGAUAAUACAUCGGUGCUAGUAACGGAACAUUGCAGUUUAGUUACUAAAUCUAUGUCGAUUUCAUCGUCCGGACCGGAGCUAGGAAGUAGAAAUUCGUCAGCUUUUAGGAACGAUUGGUCGAUUUCUUAGGCUCAGUUGAUAAAUUUGUAGUUAUUUUGUAUAGAUUUAGGGUUUAUUUUAGAAUGUACUUAAUUAGAUGUUAGUA